UCCCAGCUCAGGGGACCUGCCCAGCUGCAUCUGUUUCCCGUCUCACAGGACAUGUCCAAACCCCACCUUGAGCCCCAGUGCAGCAUCCUUCCCUGGCACAGAAAUGUCGCCAUACAGGUCCCACCCUAAAACUUCUUGUUCUUGUUCAGUUUGUUGCGGCGGAGGUGUGAAAGGCCCGGAGGUGUGCAAGGACCCCGUGCUGCUCACCACGCAUGCCAUGGGAGUGAACUUCUACAGACAGGGCCCGGAGGUGGCUCUGAAGGACGACUCUGAGUAUCCUGAUUGGCUCUUCCAGAUGCACCUCGGCCCCCCCAAGACACUGGAGGAGCUGGACCCCGAGACGCCCCAGUACUGGAGGCUCCUGCGGAAACACAACACCUGGCGCCGCAACAAACUGAACAAGAACAAGAAGUUUUAGGGUGGGACCUGUAUGGCGACAUUUCUGUGCCAGGGAAGGAUGCUGCACUGGGGCUCAAGGUG